CCCGCGGAGUGCCCACUGGCAGGCACCUCCCGCUGUUUUGCGGGGUGCUCAGUGCAGGCGCCUCCUUCUCCUCCCCCGGAGAGUGCCCACCGCCAGGCAGUCAGUCAUCUUCGCGGUCACUUGCCCGGCCCAGGUGGGGCGAUGCGGAGCGGAGGAGGCUGCUUUGGAGAUUGCCGAUGCUUCUGAUGGAUGUUUUGUGUGUGUUUACCUCCGCUCCCCGAUUUUCUUUCAUCUGAGGACGCAUCUGGCUGAAGCUCUGUUAAACUCUCUGCCUUCUGGUACCAUUCGCAGAUAACAGAAAGAAACCUGAGCCCGAGAGGCAAUUCCCCACCUUCUUCCACCUAAAGUAACCUUUGCAGGCGCCUUUGAAGAGGCAUUUCAUCUUUAAGGACCGGCUGCUGGCGCACACUUUUAUACCCACCGAAGCGAUCAAGAAACCAUGUUGUCUGGUCGAAGAAGUGCGUUUCUGUGCCUUGGAAUGCUCUUGAGCUUUUGGAGCUCCAUGAGUUGGAUGCCUGUUGGAGGAUGCCCGCAUAAAUGUACUUGUAUUGCUUCCAACGUGGAUUGUCAUGGACUAGGACUCAAAACUGUACCGAGGGAUAUUCCCAGGAAUGCAGAGAGACUUGAUCUAGAAAAAAACAACAUCACAAGAAUCACGAAGACUGACUUCACAGGACUCAAGAAUCUCCGUGUCUUGCACUUGGAAGAAAACCAGAUUAGUGUGAUAGAACGGGGAGCAUUUCAGGAUCUAAAGCAACUGGAACGGCUGCGUCUGAACAAGAACAAAUUGCAAGUUCUCCCAGAGCUGCUUUUUCAGAACACGCAGAAGUUAACUAGAUUAGACCUGAGUGAAAACCAGAUAAAAGGAAUCCCUAGAAAGGCCUUUCGAGGAAUCGUUGAUGUGAAGAACUUGCAACUGGACAACAACCAGAUAAGCUGCAUUGAAGAUGGAGCCUUCCGAGCCCUGCGCGACCUGGAGAUCCUUACUCUCAACAACAACAAUAUCACCCGCAUUCCUGUUACCAGUUUCAAUCACAUGCCAAAGAUCAGGACUCUGCGGCUCCACUCCAAUGUCCUGCACUGCGACUGCCACCUGGCCUGGCUCUCCGACUGGCUGCGGCAGAGGCGCACUAUUGGGCAGUUCACCUUCUGCCUGGCGCCUGUCAACCUGCGCGGCUUCCUGGUGGCUGAGGUUCAGAAGAAGGACUUUGUCUGCUCUGGUCCCCAGUCUGAACCUCCAUCAUGCAGUGCCAGUUCCAUCACUUGCCCUUCUGCCUGCACCUGCAGCAACAAUGUAGUGGAUUGUCGAGGAAGGGGCUUAACAGAAAUCCCAGCUAACCUACCAGAGGACAUUUGGGAAAUACGUUUGGAACAAAACCUCAUCAAAAUCAUUCCCCCUGGAGCUUUUACCCAGUACAAGAAGCUUAAGAGAAUAGACAUCAGCAAGAAUCAAAUAUCUGACAUUGCACCUGAUGCAUUCAAAGGCUUGAAGUCACUCAUUUCAUUAGUGCUCUAUGGAAACAAGAUCACAGAGAUUCCCCAGGGCCUUUUUGAUGAUCUUGUGUCUCUGCAGCUGCUGCUUCUCAAUGCCAAUAAGAUCAACUGCCUGAGGGUAAACACGUUCCAAGGUCUGCAUAAUCUCAAACUGCUAUCUCUUUAUGACAACAAACUGCAGACCAUCAGCAAGGGGCUCUUUGCACCUCUCCGAUCGAUCCAGACUCUACAUUUAGCUCAGAAUCCAUUUGUGUGCGACUGCCAUUUGAAGUGGCUGGCUGAUUACCUGCAGGAUAAUCCGAUAGAAACCAGCGGCGCUCGAUGCAGCAAUCCGCGUCGCCUUGCCAACAAACGAAUCAGCCAGAUCAAGAGCAAGAAGUUCCGCUGCUCAGGGUCAGAGGAUUACAGAAGUAAAUUCACUGGGAAGUGUUUCAUGGACCUGGUCUGUCCUGAGAAGUGUCGCUGUGAGGGCACAAUUGUAGACUGCUCUAACCAAAAACUCACCCGAUUACCCAGUCACCUUCCUGAAUAUACUACUGAUCUGCGUUUGAAUGACAAUGAUAUUUCUGUGUUGGAAGCUGUUGGACUCUUCAAGAAAUUGCCCAACCUCAGAAAAAUAAAUCUAAGCAACAAUAAGAUCAAGGAGAUCCGAGAAGGCACAUUUGAUGGAGCUUCAGGAGUGCAGGAACUGAUUCUGACAGAGAAUCAACUGGAGUCAGUGCAUGGUCGAAUGUUUAGAGGCCUCACAGGGCUGAAGACACUGAUGCUGAGGAGCAACUCUAUCAGCUGUGUAAACAAUGACACCUUUGCUGGACUGAGCUCUGUGAGGCUUCUUUCUCUGUAUGACAAUCACAUCAGUACUAUCACUCCUGGAGCCUUCAGCACAUUAGUAUCUCUGUCUACAAUUAAUUUGCUGGCUAACUCCUUUAACUGUAACUGCCAUUUGGCCUGGCUGGGAAAAUGGUUGAGGAAGAAGAGAAUUGUCAGUGGAAAUCCACGCUGCUUGAAACCUUUUUUCUUAAAGGAUAUUCCAAUCCAAGAUGUAGAUAUCCAGGACUUCACCUGUGAUGGUAAUGAUGAAAGCAGCUGCUUGCUUUCACCUCCUUGUCCUUCCCAGUGUACCUGUGUGGACUCGGUGGUACGCUGCAGCAACAAAGGGCUGCGGAUGUUGCCAAAAGGAAUUCCCAAAGACGUGACUGAGCUUUACCUGGAAGGAAACCAUCUGACUGCUGUGCCAAAGGGACUCUCCACCUUCAGACACCUGACACUGAUUGAUUUGAGCAACAACAGCAUUAGUGUAUUGGCAAAUUAUACCUUCAGCAACAUGACUCAGCUAUCAACACUCAUCUUGAGUUACAACAGACUUCGGUGCAUCCCAGUCCACGCAUUCAAUGGGCUCAGGUCUCUUCGAGUGCUGACGCUCCAUGGAAAUGACAUUUCCAGUGUUCCCGAAGGUUCUUUCAAUGACCUGGUAUCCCUGUCCCAUCUGGCUCUCGGCACCAACCCUCUGCACUGUGACUGCCACCUCCGCUGGCUAUCCGAGUGGGUGAAGGCAGGGUACAAGGAGCCAGGGAUAGCCCGCUGCAGCGGGCCUGAUGCCAUGGUGGACAGGCUUCUGCUCACAACACCCACUCACCACUUCCAGUGCAAAGAGCCAGUAGAUAUCAGCGUGGUGUCCAAGUGUAACCCGUGCCUCUCUAACCCGUGUAAGAACAAUGGGACAUGCAACAAUGAUCCAGUGGAGUUUUAUCAGUGCACUUGCCCUUUUGGCUUCAAGGGUCGAGACUGCAGUGUGCCCAUUAAUUCUUGUGUUCAAAAUCCAUGUCAGAAUGGAGGGACCUGCCACCUCACCGAGGCAAAUAAAGAUGGAUUCAGCUGUUCUUGUCUCCUUGGGUUUGAGGGGGAGAGGUGUGAAAUAAAUGCAGACGACUGUGAAGAUAAUGACUGUGAGAAUAACUCUACAUGUGUGGAUGGGAUCAACAACUACGUCUGUCUCUGCCCUCCUAACUACACAGGUGAGCUGUGUGAUGAGGUGAUUAACCACUGUGUUCCUGAUCUAAAUCCAUGUCAACAUGAGUCCAAAUGUCUUCCCUUUGACAAAGGAAGCAGAUGUGAGUGCUUGCCGGGUUACAGUGGCAAACACUGCGAAACAGAUGAUGAUGACUGUGUGGGCCAUAAGUGUCGCCAUGGAGCAGCCUGCGUGGAUGCAGUCAAUGGCUACACCUGCGUCUGUCCUCAGGGCUUCAGUGGACUUUUCUGUGAAACUCCUCCACCAAUGGUUCUUCUCCAGACCAGCCCAUGUGAUAACUAUGAGUGCCAGAACGGGGCCCAGUGCAUCAUUGUACACCACGAGCCUGUCUGCCGCUGCCUCGCAGGCUUCGCUGGGCAGAAGUGUGAGAAGCUCAUCACAGUCAACUUUGUUGGGAAGGACUCCUACGUGGAGCUGCCAUCAGCCAAAAUUCGCCCUCAGGCAAACAUCUCCCUCCAGGUAGCAACAGACAAGGACAAUGGCAUCUUACUAUAUAAAGGAGACAAUGAUCCUUUGGCUCUGGAGCUGUACCAAGGGCAUGUGAGGCUCAUCUAUGACACGCUCAAUUCUCCACCUACCACAGUCUACAGUGUGGAAACAGUAAAUGAUGGGCAGUUUCAUAGCGUGGAAUUGGUGAUGCUGAAUCAAACUCUAAACCUGGUAGUGGACAAGGGAACUCCCAAGACCCUAGGGAAACUCCAGAAACAGUCUUCUGCCAACCUCAACACACCCCUCUACAUUGGAGGGAUCCCAACCUCUACUGGGUUAUCUUCACUGCGACAGGGUGCAGAUAAGACACCAAAUGGCUUUCAUGGAUGUAUUCAUGAUGUGCGCAUCAAUAACGAGCUGCAGGAUUUCAAGGAUUUACCACAGCAGUCAAUAGGAGUCCUUCCUGGCUGCAAGUCCUGCAACAUCUGCAAGCACGGGAUUUGCCGGUCCCUCGAGAAAACAAGCGUGGUUUGUGAGUGUCACCCAGGUUGGACAGGCCCCCUGUGUGACCAGGAAGUUGGAGACCCAUGUCUUAACCACAAGUGUCUGCAUGGCAAGUGCGUGGCAGCCAAUGUUGCUUACACCUGUAAGUGCAUGGAGGGCUACACAGGCAUGUACUGUGACAAGAAGAACAACUCCUCAAAUCCCUGCAGGAUUCUGAAGUGCAACCAUGGGCAGUGCAAGAUUUCUGAGCAUGGGGAGCCCUACUGUGAGUGCGAUCCCAGCUAUGGUGGAGAACACUGCGACAGAGAGAAUCUCUGCCAAGGAGAGAUAAUCCGAGAAGUAGUCCGCAAGCAGCAGGGCUACACGUCAUGUGCCACUGCCUCCAAAGUGCCCCGCCUGGAAUGCCGCGGCGGCUGCGGCAAUGGGCAGUGCUGUGUCCCUCUGCGGAGCAAGAGGCGGAAAUACUUCUUCCAGUGUGUGGAUGGCUCCACCUUCACGGAGGAACUGGAGAGACAUGUGGAAUGUGGCUGCUCAAAAUGCUUGUAAGCCAUUCUCCAGUCUCUUGCCACUUUAAUCAAUUCAGAAGCGCAAUCAAAAUGGGACCUAUUUACUUUCAGAGUGAAGAAGAAGAAAAGAAUUAUUAAGUAUAUUGUAAAAUAAAACAAAAAAUAGAACUUAUUUUUAUUAUGGAAAGUGACUAUUUUCAUCUUUUAUUAUAUAAAGUAUCACACCACUUUGGGUAUAUGUAUCAUAUAGUGAGUUAUUUUUACCAUGAAACUUUUUUAACAGUUGUAAGAAAAAAAAAUCAAAAACUAAAAGUUAAAAAAAAUUAUAUAUAUAUAUAUAUAUAAAAAGAAAUCACAGCCUAACAGAGCAAUGUGGGGUGACUUUAUAUGUGUGCACAAAGAACAAACGUAAAGGUGUUGCAAGGACCUGCUGCACAACUGACAUGGGCUCUCUGAGGCUGUGGGUGGGCUGCCCAGAAGCACAGACUCCCAUGAGCAACACCAUCUCACCUGCUCAGGCACCUGAGAAAGCCUCCCCUCAAUCCCUCACCCUGCCUGACGCCACCGACGCCUGUUUGCUCCUGCUCUGGAACUGGUUUCCUGCAUCACGCAGGCACUGCUGCAGCUGGAGGCUCACUACGCUGUUUGACUCUUGUAAUACUAGAAUGCAUUUUUUGCUGUGCACGUUAUGUUGAUCUGUGUUCACAUUGUAUUCUUCAGCAGCUGGACCUAUAGAGCACAGGCAGCUUUAUCCAAAAGGCAACGAAAGGAAAGGAAGUAGGGGAAUGUAUGUUGCUUCGGGAAAUCUGGGGGCAAAACAUCAAGUAAGUGCUAAGUAAUGCCUAAUAAAUGACAUAGUACUUUUGUGUAAACUCCUCAGCUAUGUUAUUUCCCAGGUUUGUGCCUUCUUGCUCCUAGCCUUGAGCCGUUUUUGUAUACUAAGUCUGAGGAAUGCACUGCUACAUAGUUUGUCAUGCCCUGACACUUUAGCUUGCAAAGGUUGUAAAGUGAAUAAAAAUAUUGCAGGUGCCAGAACACUCCUGCAACAGUCUGGCUUUUACUCUCGCUGUCAUAAGCCAUGGUGUAAGGUGGACUGUAGCCGUGUGUCCAUGCUCCAGUAGUGAGCAGCUGGCCACUUCUCCACAGCUUUUUAAAUGAGCAGAAGUUGCACUAUGUCCAUGUGAAGGUGUCCAGCUGACACAUGUCCACUUUAGCGGCACUCUCUUCUCUGCAUAAGGAGAGAUGUCACAGCACUGCCUUGUCCUGCAUUGGUGCAGCCCAACCAACCCAGCCAAAGCUUCUCCCUCUGCAGCACUUCAUGUCCUGCACUUGCAUCUCUCAAAGGACUCUCAUUAACUUUAGUUGUAUUCUGAGCAAACGCUGAAUAGGAAGUGGAAAUCAAUGCAGGGAUAAGUUCUCACUGUGAAUGUGAGGCAAAAAUUAAUUCUAGGAGUGAAUUUGGAGGGGUUUUGGCAGGGCUACCUUUCAAGGUCAGCAAUUAUGUGCCAAGAGUACUGUGGGUACCUUGAAGUUUCUCUUACUGUAAGCGUCCACAAUCCCCAUCAACAACUGUGCAACUAUUAGUAUAAUUUCUUUCUUUCUGUAAUAAUACAGCGAGUAUUACAGCCUUUUCUUCUCUUCUAGGAGAGGCAAAGUCAGAGACAAUUCCUAACAGCCAUAGGCCCCUUGGAGGAAUGCUCACUGGUCUCACCAGAAAGAUUUCAGAUCAGAGGCUUCAGCAAAGGACAGGUAGCAAAGCUGAAUCAAAAAACCCAAAGCUUUUGUCUGGGGCUUUGGGAAGAAUGCAGCCCUGCCAUAACAAGUACCCAUGUCUAUUGCCAUUAAAGUGACCCUUAGGAAGCUCUGACCUGUGUAGCAUUCUGCCCAUGCACCCUCUCCGAACAGCAGCAGUUUGUGCACGUUUCUUUGUUGCUACCAGAGCACUUUGAGCAGAAAGACAUAACGUGUGUAACAGCAGGCUCACAAAAUAAGUGUCACUUUGUGGAGCCUACAGUCAGUGGAACAUAAACCAAUCACUAAUGUGCCAAAUUGACCAAAACAGGACAGCUCAAAAGCCAGGAGAAAACUAACCCUGGCUAUUAUUUUAAAUAUGCUAUCAGAAGCUCAUAGCAGCUGUAAUUUGCAGUAGACAACAAAAAAAUCACCCAAAGCCACAACCUACAGGUUUUAAAAAUGUAUAUAAGUAACUGCAGCCCCUUGUGCAAAUAUUUGCCUGGCACACCAAUACCAUUAAUGUUUCUUGCCAGCUUCAAACACCUUAGUUUGCUGAAGAAGCAGCUGCUAUGAUGCAAGGCAGAAGAAAUACAAGCCAAGAAGUGGCUUACAAGCCUUCCCUGUGCUCUUACUGCACGAUUUGUAGCCACUGCACUGCCAAGGCCUGCAAAAGUGCAGCCCCCUCCUGAACACCACCCACCACCUUAAGCAGCAGGGCAGAUGGUGACAUUUACUCAUGGCCUUGCACCUGCUGGAGGGUGCUUUAAAAGAAAUGACCUUGACUGGCAAAGCAAAAGCCAUCCGCACCUUGUUACCACAUCACUCUGGGAUUUACUGAAGCCAAGCCUUUCAGCCAAGUGACCAGCAACAACUCAGCAAAGCUGGUCCUGUUCCUGGACCUUUUUGGUCAUGGCACUUCAAUGUUAAAUGCCGAGAUAACUAAGAGUAUCUAUUUUGUAACCGAAUGAUGCCAGGUUUUGUAUGCUUUUAGGCAGCACUUGCCAUUGGAUAGUGAUGCUUUGUGUCAACGAGUCUCUGACUUGCUAUAGAAAUAUUUUAUGUUAAGAAGAAAAUGAAAAGCAUUCAGAUGUGCCAAAAAUGUGAGGUUAACUGAAGUGUAAUUAGCUCCCAAAGUUUCUCUGUAACCUGCCUAAUGUUACACUAAAUUUGGAGAACUGUGGGUACAAUGCAGUAGUUUUUACCUCUCAAGUUUUAAUAUAAAGUGAAGAAAGAUGCAUAUCCCUAAAACAAUGGCAAUGCAGACUGGUGUGAACUGAUGUAUUUUAUUAAUAGAUUCUCAUUGUGAUGUAAGUUUAAAUAAAUUGUUGGGUUAUGGAAGCCUGUGACACACCUUGUGGCAAGGUUCUUUGUGUGUUUGAGGUGUGGUGUCUGGCCUUUUGGAGCACAUGGGGUAGGCCACAGAAAAUGACAGAGGAACUGCACAUAUUCCUCUUGGACAAAUCUAGUCAGAAAAUGGCUGUAGUUAAGCAUAGUAUGAAAAGUGGUUACAUACGUUUGUGGCAUCACAGCUUCAUCUUUUGGGAGGCUUAUACACGGAAAUGAAUUAAGCCACACAGGUUUUGAGCCUGGACAUUUUCUUCAAUAAAAGUCUAUUCAAUUCUUUA